CACAGAGGGACUGUGGCAUGGCCUGGCCCCACACUUGGAUUGACGGGAGUCGCCAGGAUGUGCCACCCCUGGGACAGGCACACCCCCCAGAAUGUGCAGGGACACUUCUGGAACUGCCACCCCCCAGAACGAGGAACCCCUCAUCAAAGAUGUGUCACCCCCAGAACAGAACAGGGACACCCCCAGGACAGGACCCCUCUGGAUGUGCCCCCUCAGGGUCCCCCCAACCCGUUCCCUGCUCAGGAGCUCCCCAGGAUCGCCGAGCCAUGAACUGGGAGGGGGAGUGCACAAAAGUGAGGUAAAGAAGAAAAAUAUAAACAAAGAGAAGAAAAAGUGCCAGGGUGGGGAGCACAGAGGCGGAGCUCCGUGAGAACCCCGUGGUGUUCCCCACAGACCACCAACACUACGGGAGUCUCUGCUUUUGUCUGCCUCACCCAAAAUCUGAGGCACCCAGUGAAGGAGCUGUGACCCACGAGCCCCCCCAGCCACUGCCCAUGCCUGGGACCCCCAUUCCUCUGGGAACCACAACCAUGGGACCUCAUUCCCUAAGUCCCCUCUCCUGGGGACCCCCGUCCCAGGCCACCCAUUUCCCAGAACCUCCAUUGCCCAGCAGCCCCCUCCCCUUGACCCCAUCCCAUGGGCUCUCCAGUCCCUCAGGAUCCUCCCUGGGAUCUUCAUUCCAUGACCCCAAAUCCAUGGGACCCAUAUUCACUGGGACCCCCAUCCCUGGUCCCCCCACCAGUGGGGACCCCCAUUCCCCAGGAUCCCCAUCCCUGGGCCGCCCUGUUCCUCUGGAAACCCAUCCUGAACUCCCCACAUUCCUGGAGCCCCCAUUCCUGGGACUCCCAAGUCUCAUGUCCCCACCAUGUCCCACCAUGUCCCUCUAUGUCCCCUCUCUCCACCCUGCCCCCACCAAGGGCCCCCAGCACAUGGGUACAGACCUGACCUCGCUUCCUUCCUCUUUGGCCAAAGAGCCUCCACCCAGGGGACAGGUGGCCCCGGCAGCGUGUGACAGCCAGCCCGGGUGGCUGGGGACAGCGGGAUGGCCGGGAAGGUGGCACUGCUCCUGUGGGCCCAGACCCUCGGCCUCGCUGGCGCCCAGACCACCCAGCUCCUCGUGGAGCCCCCCUGGACACCGCCGGUGCUGUGGGACCGGGUGACACUGACCUGCCAGGGCUCGGGCACCGCCGGUGCCACCACCUGGUACAAGGACGGGCAGCGCUGGCAGCUGCAGGGACCCGACCAAUUCCGUGUCACUGAGAGUGGCACCUACCAGUGUGACAGACCCGGCACCGGGCUGAGCCCCCCCGUGAGCAUCUCCAAUGACCGGCUGGUGCUGCAGGUGCCGGCGCAGGCACUGCUGGAGGGGGACACGGUGACACUGCGCUGCCGGAACAGGAAGGAUGUGUCGGUCAGCAGGGUGCGAUUUUACCAGGACGAGAAGGAUCUGGGGGGGCCACUCAAGGGGACAGAGCUGUCCCCCCUACAGCUACACCAUAGUGGCAGCUACCGCUGCGAGGGCUUGGAGGGCUUCAGGCUGUCACGGUCAUUGUCCGUGACAGUGACAGUGCAUGAGCUGUUCCCGGUGCCAGUGCUGGAGGGUGCCCCCGAGUCCACCGAGGGGUCCCCCCUUAAUCUCAGCUGCCUCAGCAUCCCCAGCCCCCUGCGGCCCCAAGCCCCCCUCCUGCACCUCUUCUACCGGCACGGGCGGUUGGUGGGGGGCCCGCAGGGGUCCCCGCAGCUCCUGCUGCCUGCCGUGGGGGUCUCCCACUCGGGGAAUUACAGCUGUGAGGUGCACUCCGAGAGGGGAGUCGUGCGGAAGAGCAGCGCCCGGCUCCGCAUCACGGUGCGCAGGGUCCCGCUCUCGGGGGUGUCCGUGUCGGCGCAGCCUCCCGGGGCACAGGUGGCACUGGGGGACCGCCUGGUGCUGAGCUGCACGGUGGCCUCAGGGACAGGUCCCCUGUCCUUCUCCUGGCACCGGGGUGGCUCGUGGGCGCCGCUGGGCACCGGCCCCCACCUGGAGCUGCACCACGUUGGGGACAAUGACAGCGGCCACUACCAGUGCAGGGCCAGCAACGGGGACAGCGUGGCCAAGAGUGUCCCCUUGAAUGUCACCAUCCUGGUGCCCGUGGCCAAUGCCACCAUCAGCCCCGGUGCCCUGGCACAGCCGGUGCGCGCAGGUGACCCCGUGACCCUGCGCUGCUCAGUGCAGGUGGGCUCGGCCCCUGUCACCUUCACCUGGCUGCACAACGGCAGCGAGGUGGCCCGGGGUCCCCUCCUGGAGCUCGGGGACGUCCAUGUGGGACAUUCCGGCACCUACCAGUGCCUGGCCACCAACCAGCUGGGACAGGACGGGCACCGUGUGUUCCGGGUGCUCAGCCCCGAGCUGGCACUGACGGUGACACCGCGGGGACACUGGGACACAGCCGUGGCUGUGAACAUCGGCAGGAGCCUCCUGUUCCUGGCCCUGCUCCUGGGUGUCAUCGGGGGCUGUCACUGGUGGCAGCGCCUGGCCGUCAGGAAGCCCCAGGACAGGUCCCCACAACCGCUGUCUCUGUCAGCGCCCCCACGGGUGUCCCCCGGCCCUGCCCCCCCUCGGCAUCCACAAGUGACCAACGUGCAGCUGCCGGGACCCUACGAGGGACAGCAGGACCCCGGUGCCACCGACGAGAGUGUGAUGUGACCCUGGGGGAAAAUUGGGGAUCACUGGGAGGCAUCGAGUCCCCCCAGGGGUCCCUCACUGCCCUUCACAGCACCCCAGGG